AUGGUACGGCGUGGUGUGAAGCCUGGCGAAUCAACUGAUGGAAGUGUGAAAAUUGGAAAAAACAAGAGUCGAUUGAGACCUAGUUCAGCAAAUGAUGGAGAUGCAAAUAAAUCGACAGAUGUUGUUUCGAGUACUAAAAGUAGUCCAGCUUUGAAAAAUAAUGAUUUGGUAAGAAUUUGAUCUACCCGCGAGUCUAGAAAUAUUUAUUCAUGUCAAUAAAAUUUUCGCGGAAAUUUUUGUUCGCAAAUUUUUAUUUCUUUUCCUAAAACCUUUCCGUAUUUUUAGAAUCUCAUAACUCUAUUUUCUUCCGUGAUUAGAAAGAAAUAUUGACAGAAAACUUUUAUUUUUUGUUUUUCAGAGUAGUGAGUCGAGUCCAGCAAUUUCAACAACAUCAUCAUCAAAGAAAACAGUUCAAUCCAACGUCAGCAGAUCUCAACGUGCCAUAAAUUGGCGUUUACGUGGAAUUUGCCUCAACCCUGUUGACAUGUCAGAUCCACGUUUUUCGAUAACAAAUGAAGAUUUUCCGGCAUUACCUGGAGCAGGUGGAGGAACAAAGAAAUCCAAUGGGAUGAAGACAUCCGCUAAAAAGAAGCGUGAAGAAGAAUCUUCAAAUGAAUCAUCUCCAAGACCAACUUCUGUGAAUUCAAUGGUCAGAUUUGCCUCCUUACUAUAUUCAAAAUUCUCUAUUUUUCAGGAUGAGCGAGUUUCUACAGACGACAGUGGUGUAUCAUCACUCAGUCGUGGAAAUACUCCACCACAAGAAAACUCAUCUGAAAUUGAGAUGGUGAAGAAAACGGAGAAAAAGAAACUGGCCGCUUCUGCAGAAUCUUCUCCUCGAAAGCCACUCAAAUCUCUAAAUUCAACCCCAAGAAAGGUAUUUUCACGUGACAUAUUCAAUGAAAUGAUGCGCGUUUAUUACUCAUCAUUUCGUUGUUAUGUUUUCGUGGUUUGGCAUACCAAUUUUGGAUAACGUGUUUCAGAAGGGAAACAACAAUGCAAACAGCACAAACAACGCGUCACCUUUGUCAUUUUUGAAGUUGUCAAAAAGCGGCCAAAAAGUUCCGGAGCGUCGUGGAAGAUUGAAUUCAAGAAUCAAUGGAUCACCUCAAAAAUUAACAGACACACCGGAAACUAAAGUCGACGACACGCCAACUGAGAAAGAAGUAGACGAAGAGCCGGUGUUUGAUAGUGGAAACGAUGCUGUCCCAGAAAGAAAAGAUUGCCCCAGAAUUCAAUUGGGAGAAGAUGGAGAAAUGACAAAUAUUCCACCAUCAAUGUUGGAUGAUCAAUUUGGACUCGCCGCAAUGUUGCCGAUUUUGAAUUUGAUGAAAAAUCGAAACAAUCCAACCAAUUCUGAACAACAAUCAGCAACACCUGAACAAGAUCGAAUGGUAUGAUUGAAACUUUCAAUAUUUGAAAUUAGAAAUAACUUGUUUUCAGAUCGAAAUGUUGGCUUGUGGCGUUGAAAUGAAUUCGCUGGGCGUUCCCACCAAAAAUGAUCAAAAGUAAAUUUCCAACAGAAAUUUCAAUUUAUCAAUAAAAUGUAUAAUUUUUAGGCCAGUUUGGAAUACAUUUGCGGGACCAUUUGGAUCAGAUCCACUACCUCCUGUUUGUAUGGGCGUUGCAUACAAUGAACUUCCGAGUGUAUAUUACACAGCUAGAACAUUACAAGGAACUAUCGAUAUGAGCAAAACGAUGCCCGAAAAAGUUGGACUUCACGAAUUGUUCUACAUUUUUUAUAAUUUCCCUCAAGAGUUUUGGCAAUUGAACACGGCUAGAGAACUGUAAGCAGAUUUUUAUUUUCAGCUCAAAAGGUUUAUCAAUUUUUAUAGACAAACUCGUGGGUGGAGAUUCUGCAUCUCGGAGAAGUUGUGGGUUCACAGAAAAUUGAACACCGAUGAAUGUAAGCACAAAAAUCUUUUUUCUAUUAUUUUUAUCAAUUUUUUAGUUGGUAUCAAUUCUCUUGGUCAAUCAAUCUCGGCGAUUUUCCGUUUACCGGCAACUGAAAUUGUCACUGGACUCUUCGAAGUUUAUGAUCCAGAGAAAAUGAGAAUCGUGAGUAUCAAAGAAAUAAAUAAAUGAUAAAUAAUAAUUAUUUUUCAGAUAACCCGUGAAAUGCAUCUGAAAAGUUCUGAUAUGGAACCGGCUGGUUGGGAAUUGGAAAAGGAAGACAAAAUGUAUACAGCCUUGUCGUCUGUUCUUCCAGCGGAUUAUAUUUGGGGACCACAACGUAAUUCCGAAAACUCAGCGAAAGCUGCUGCAAAUGUGAAACCAUCUUUCAACCGUGCUCCAGCUCCGCCAGUUCGAGGAAAGCCAAAUCGUCGAAUUUUGAGUUUUGUUGAACCAGAUGCCCCGGAACCAAGCUCGUCGAAAAAUGAAGAAUAUCAAAGACAGGUAUUAUUCUAACAAUAUUUUCAAAAGUAUUUUUUUGUAAUUUUUUUAGAUGUAUUCUACAUUUAUGCAGCAAUUCACAAGUCGCUAUCCCACAUCAGCUGGCACAACUCAAAAUGUUUCUAAACCUCGCCAAUUUUCAACCAAUCCAUCACUUUUCCGCCAAUCUUCUCAAUCGACAUCAUACUAUCCUCAUCUUCAGCAAUCAUGA